AUGUUUGCAAAUAUUUUUUUGGAACAAACACAAAACUGGCAACUAACUGGUUUUGUUUUUUAUUCACAUCGCUGUGUUUUGAAGACAUAUAACAUGGAACAAGUCGUGGAAUAUCAUUUUGGUAAUGGAAUUGCAAAUGAGAGAAUUAAGUUAUUACUAACAUCAAAAGCGAAAAUUACUAAAACAAUGAACUCACGAAUUCUUUAA